GUUCCCCGAAGGCCGCGGCCGGGAGCCCCGGCAGCCCCGGGCCGGUGCGACGUGACUUUAAGACGCCGUAGCUUUGGCUUCUCGGGCGAUGCGCGCUUGGAAAGGCAGCUUUCAGGGAGCGAGGAGGCUCGCGGGCGCAGCCGGGGUGGGGAGAGCCGAUCUCAGCGGCGCGGUCCUUCGGGGCCGGAAAGGAUGCUGGAGUGAGGGGCGAUGCCCCUGUUCUAGCUCCGCGCCGGGGCAGGCGCCCCGUUGGCGCGCCUGGAAUCUGUGGCGAUAGCUCUGCUUGCCUCCUCGCCGCGGGGGGGCCGCCUCGGCGGAGUCCGCCCAGACGGUGAUUAACUUAGGGAAUGUCCGCAGCUGAAGCUGCUGGCGAAGUGACUCCCAGCGGCUGCUUUUGCCCCUGGGGUUGCGUGCCUGGGAGGCUGGGCACCGAGGUGUCCACCCGGCGCACCCCGCACUCGCAGCUCUGGGCAGCUGGAGGCCAGGGGUUGGGGGAGUGAUCAGGAAAGGCUGCUCUCCCGCGGUGUCGAGCCCCAGCCGAGGUAGGGCCCCGGGACUUGGGUCUGUGGCAGAAGACUUGGGUCUGUGGCCGCUUUGCACCCAUCUCCACACGAGCAGGACCUGUGGCAGUGAGUGUUUGGUUUGGCAUUCCCUGAAUCCCAGUUUGGAGGUGCUCUGGGGCCAGGUGCCACCGGCCCCUGUCCAGGCAGGUGUGGCAAGCCACAGAAUCAUGAGGACGCUGGAAGAUUCCUCAGGGACAGUGCUGCACCGCCUCAUCCAGGAGCAGCUACGCUAUGGCAACCUGACUGAGACCCGCACGCUGCUGGCCAUCCAGCAGCAGGCCCUGCGGGGUGGGGCCGGAGCUGGGGGCACAGGGAGCCCCCGGGCCUCCCUGGAGAUCUUGGCACCCGAGGACAGUCAGGGGCUGCAGCAGGCCACGAGGCAGGAGCCCCAGGGCCAGGAGCACCAGGGCGGUGAGCCCCACCUGGCAGAGAACACCCUCUACCGGCUGUGCCCGCAGCCCGGCAAGGGCGAGGAGCUGCCCACCUAUGAGGAGGCCAAGGCCCAUUCGCAGUACUACGCGGCGGCCCAGCAGGCGGGGCCCCGGGCACCCGUCGUGGUCGUCGGGGCUCCCGGAGGCAGCCGGCGGCAGGAUGAGGCCCUGCGGGAGCUGAGACACGGGCACGUGCGCUCCCUGAGUGAACGACUCCUGCAGCUGUCCCUGGAGAGGAACGGCGCCCGGGCUCCCAGCCACAUGAGCUCCUCCCACAGCUUCCCGCAGCUGGCGCGCAGCCAGCAAGGGCCCCUGGCCAGGGCGCCCCCUGCCGAGGGCCCCGAGCAUCGUGGGCCCCCGCCUCAGUACCCACACAUAGCCCACGAGACCGCCACUGCUGUUGCCGAGCCUCGGUACCGCGCCCGCGGCAGCCCGCACUUUCAGCACGCAGAAGUCAGGAUCCUGCAGGCCCAGGUGCCUCCUGUGUUCCUCCAGCAGCAGCAGCAGCAAUACCAGUACCUGCAGCAGCCCCAGGAGCACCCCCCGCCACCACACCCAGCCACUCUCAGCCAUGGCCCCCUGGGCUCCCUCAGCGCCCCUGGGGUGGAGGUGCCAGCGAGUGCGCAGGCGUCGUCGGCCGCCCCGGGCGGUGCCCAGCUGGAGAGCGUGUUGCGGGAGAAUGCCAGGUUGCAGAGGGACAACGAGAGGCUGCACAGGGAGCUGGAGAGCUCGGCAGAGAAGGCUGCCCGCAUCGAGAAGCUGGAAAGCGAGAUCCAGCGGCUGUCCGAGGCCCACGAGAGCCUGACCAGGGCCUCCUCCAAGCGGGAGGCCCUGGAGAAGACCAUGCGGAACAAGAUGGACAGUGAAAUGAGGAGGCUGCAGGACUUCAACCGGGACCUCAGAGAGAGGCUGGAAUCUGCAAACCGCCGUCUGGCGAGCAGGGCCCAGGAGGCCCAGGCCGGCAGUCAGGACAUGGUGGCCAAGCUGCUUGCUCAGAGCUACGAGCAGCAGCAGGAGCAGGAGAAGGUGGAGAGGGAGACGGCGCUGCUGCGCGGCGCCAUUGAGGACCAGCGGCGGCGCGCGGAGCUGCUGGAGCAGGCCCUGGGCAACGCGCAGGCGCGGGCGGCCCGCGCCGAGGAGGAGCUGCGCAAGAAGCAGGCGUACGUGGAGAAGGUGGAGCGGCUGCAGCAGGCGCUCGGGCAGCUGCAGGCGGCCUGUGAGAAGCGCGAGCAGCUGGAGCUGCGGCUGCGCACGCGCCUGGAGCAGGAACUCAAGGCAUUGCGCGCGCAGCAGAGACAAGCCGGCACCCCCAGCAGCGGCAGCAGUGGGUCCCCCGAGCUCAGCACCCUGCGGCUGUCCGAGCAACUACGGGAGAAGGAGGAGCAGAUCCUGGCGCUGGAGGCCGACAUGACCAAGUGGGAGCAGAAAUACUUGGAGGAACGUGCCAUGAGGCAGUUUGCCAUGGAUGCCGCCGCCACGGCCGCCGCCCAGCGGGACACCACUCUCAUCCGACACUCGCCCCAGCCCUCGCCCAGUAGCAGCUUCAACGAGGGCCUGCUCGCCGGCGGCCACAGGCAGCAGGAGAUGGAAAGCAGGUUGAAAGUGCUGCACGCUCAGAUCCUGGAGAAGGACGCCGUGAUCAAGGUGCUGCAGCAGCGCUCCAGGAGAGACCCUGGCAAGGCCGCCCAGGGCGCCCUGCGGCCUGCCAAGUCUGUGCCGUCCAUCUUUGCUGCCGCCGCGGCAGGGGCCCAGGGCUGGCAAGGGCUCCCGUCCAGUGAGCGGCAGGCAGAUACCCCUGCCCGACUGGCUACAGCAGACAGGGUGCCCGUGGAGGAGCCUGUGGCUGCCACUCCCCUCCCUGCCCACGCCAAACACGGGAGCAAGGACGGGAGCACCCAGACAGAUGGCCUCUCGUCGGACAGCACCCCUGCCUGCCUGGCCCCAGAACCCGACAGCCUUCUGGGGUGUGGCAGUGGCCAGAGGGCAGCCUCUCUAGACUCCGUGGCCACAUCCAGAGUUCAGGACUUGUCCGACAUGGUGGAGAUACUCAUCUGAAGGAGGCGGUGCCUGGGGGACCCUGAUGGAGCCCUGCCCUCCCCUGCGUGCUCGGCCAUUCCCACGGCCCCGCCCACUGAUGUUCCCCCCUGUGCCCCAGCCAUCGUCUGUGUGGUCCCUGGAGCUCGGGCAGGGGGCUGGGAGAGACCGGAGUCGGCCUCGGGGAUUCAGCUCCUUCCUUGCUGCUGGAGCGGCGAUGCAAACUCAGAGAGCUGAGCCCCCUCUGCCGGGCCCGGCCAUCUGCUGGUUUAGGAAGCUGAUUUCAAGAUGGCCGCCCACAGACACCGGGUGGACUGGUUUGACGGUCAAGCCAGCGGCCUGCUCCUCUGGCUGAGUCUGGCCCCAGCCACCCUCCCAGGCUCUUCUGGUCCUCGCUGCUUCCCUGGCAUCCCGUGGGUCUUCGGGGGUCUUGAGUGGGAGCCGCAGCAUCAUCGCUCCCCGCUCGAUGGGCCAGGAGCCAGUGUGCAGAUUGUGUGUGGUCCCCUUUCCCGUGGAGCAGAGGAGUAUAUCCAUGGGGGUGCUUCCGUGCCACCGCUCCCAAACCCCAGCCGCUGUUCUCCGGUUUUUUCUCCUCCAUGCGUGUUUGACACUGGUUGAGCCCACUGCUCAGUGCCCACAGGAUCCCUGCCACCAGCCUCCUGCAGAGCCUCCCCAGCUCCUCUGUCAUGGGAGGUUGCAGGGAGCUGGGUGGUAAAUGCUGAGCCACCCACGCGUGGAAGGAGCCGCCCACGCGUGAACUUGGGUGGUCUCCUCUCCCCAGGGCAUCGGCUCCCUCCGGGGCAACUGGAGCAAUUGUCUUGAGCUCAUGCGUGUCUGUUCCCAGCGGGGAUUGGGAGCAGGAGUGACAUUGUUGGCGACUGGUUGAGAGCUACAAGAUGUGACUCGAAUCGUCCUCUGGACGGAGCCCCGUCACCCAAGAGGCUGGCUCCUCAAGCUGCCGCUGCCCGGCGCCCUGAAGCAGUCCAGGCCCUCUGGGCUUCGGGCGCAGCGUCCCCAGUGGGAGCCAGCGAGCAGCAUCAGUGACUGACUUCUGUCUUACCAGAGUUCCCGGCUCAGCCCCCCAGAGCAGUGGGUGGGGAUUAGCGGUUUGGUCUUUACUGUUUUUAGUUCUCCUUGGAUCUUUGUUUAUUUCCUUUGCUGUUUUUAAGUCCUGUAUGUGUUGUAUUCCCAUGGCUCCCUGAGUUUCCUUUUUAAACAUUUGCAUUUGCUGGACAAUUGCAUAUUUUUUUAAAAAGUUCCCCAUCCCUGUUUAAAGCUGAAAACUACAUUUGGUUCAUGUGCGUUGUUUACAAAGCCAAAAGAAAAAAGAAAAAAAGGCAAAAAAAAUAUUGUGAAAGAAGAGAAAAAAACACAACAACUUAAUAUAUUUUGGAUUAAUAUUUGGUAUUUCUUUUAAAGUAUUUUUUGUGCUGUGAACGUUCUCUGCCAAAGACCAUGGUGUGUGUCUGUAUGUUUAAGUUAUCGUAAAUAUUUAAGAUGUAAACCUGGCUGUUUUGUUAUGCCAUCCCUGGGCCAGGAUUGGUGCUGCAUUCCACUGGGUAUAACAGUAUUUUAAUAAAAAAAAAAAAGGAUUAAAAGUGA